AUGUCUCAUGGGAGGUGUCGUUCGGCAACACAAGAGCUGGGAGCUGCCGUAAGCUUCAGAGCUAAUGCCAUAAGUUCGGGAGUUGCCGCCGUAAUCUUUGGAAUGUCACCCGUGGGGUGCCGUUCGGCAACGCAAGAGCUGGAAGAUGUCGUUGGAGCUUUGGGAGCUGAUGCCGUUACUUAUGAGCUGCCGCCUAAGCUUGGGAAGCUUAGGAGGCCUACUGCCGUAAGCUUUGGGCCGAAGGCAAACGCCGAAUCAUUCGGGGAUGUGAAGACAUCGCACGCGCCAAAUGAUGAAAGGGUGUCAAAGGCAGAUGCCGAAUCAUUAGGGGGAUGUGAAGAUAUCGCACGCGCCAAAUGA